UCUCCCAGUGUUUCCCCCUCACCGAGGCUGCUUUCCGUGUAACUUGAUUUACGCUUAUGUUUUAUUUGCUCCGGCUAAGACACGGAUUUUCUACCUACUUAGCAUACAAUAUGGAUGAAAUCAAAAUUUUAGCGGAUUCGGAUUAACAUCCGCUUGUCUCUGCUUAGUCAAUCUUUUCUUUGUUUGACUCGAUGGAUGGUGUUUUCCUGUUUUUUAUUCGUAUAUUUGAUGUUGCUGGGGGAUUUCGGAUACGGUUUAUCCCCUUGCUUUUUUACAUUAUAUGUAGUAAUAAACAGGCACGCACACAUUUUCUGUUUUUAUAAGUUUUUAUUGGAGUACGCAAACGGAUGAUUCUGCGGAUCACUAUGGGAAAAAGAAAGAAAACUCAUUGUGGAAGUUCUGAGCCUGAUGACAUGGAAGGACAGAAUUGCGUACAUGAUUUGCAGUUUUUACCAAUGGGUAUUAAUUGGAUAGCAACUAAUGCUUCUGGUUUACUUGGCGACUAUGAUGCAAGCCAGCACUAUAUCAUGAACCCAGGAAGUAACUGGAUCCAUCCAGAACCUGUUCCUGUUCCCGAAUGGAUGCAUUGCCCACAAACACCUCAAAAUUAUGUUGACUUUCUGGCUGAGAGGGGGUACACUGAAAUCCAGAAACAAAUGUCUUACGACAUUUCCUCACAAGUACCUAGUUCUAGACUAGCAGAUCCUUCUCACUUGGAAGAAUAUUUGAGGCCACAUAGUGAAGGAAAUUUUAUCAUCACAUGCGUCCAGAAACAAGGCUGGACAGAAGACUGUAGCUCUGCUUUUCAAGCUUAUUCAAGUUCAUGUGCUGCUGAAUCAAAAUACGCAUCCGGAGCCCGUAGAAAAAGAUCAAGAGAGAAAGCCUACGCUGCUGAUCGUUGUCGCAGAUUGAGAAUAUCACAUUGGCUAGAUGCGUUACAGGAAUUGGUGCCUCAUUCCAAAGAAGUUGGUAGAGCAGGUUUGCUGGAUGAAGUCAUUGACCAUGUCCAGUAUCUGAAAUAUAAAGUGAAGGAUCUGUGCAGAAGCAGGCUAGGUGGUGAAUCAACUUCCAAUUCUUUUAUUUUCCUUGAGGGACAUGGACAUUAUCUUGUUCAAGAGCAGAUGCUUAAUGGGCCUCUGGAAGAGAUAAUGGGGAAGUUCAUUGAUGUUUAUCCUUCAGCAGCUACUGAAUUGUUGCAAAGCAGAGGUCUUAUAGUGAUGCCUGUGAAUUUAGUAGAAGGAUUAUGUGAUCCCAUGGAGACACUGGACAUCCAAGAAAAAGGUGCAGUUCUAAUCUCCAAGUGAUCAUCAAGAAAAAUAUGGUACGGCGUAAUUUUUGGGAUAUGCACAAUUGAUGUGAUGUUAGUGCACAGAUUGCCAACUGAUAUGACAUCACCUUCUCAUGAGUCUAUUUAUGGAGGUAAAUCAAGUGGCUUUACUAGUUAUUAUAUCUUUUGGUAGUUGGGUUGAUACUGAGUUGCCUUUGGAUGUUAUAAAGUUGGCACGUUACAAUUAGAAUUAAACGAGCGCUAAAUUGUUCAAACUCAAAUAUCAAGGAUGAACAUGAUUUUUGA